AUGGAGGACUCGACAGAGGUGCGGACAGAUGGAAACUCCUUGCUGAAAGCCGUAUAUCUCUGUCGACUGAGGCUGACUCGCUUGCUUUUGGAAGGGGGGGCUUACAUUAAUGAAAGCAACGAGAGGGGAGAAACCCCACUGAUGGUGGCCAGUAAAAGCCACCAUGCUGAUGCUCAGAGCGUGCCGAAACCCAAGAUCAUCAGGUAUCUUCUUGAAAACGGCGCAGACCCUAACAUUCAAGACAAGUCCGGUAAGACGGCCCUAAUGCAUGCCUGCAUAGAACGGGUGGGGGAGGAGGUCCUGUCUCUUCUCCUCUCCAGCGGAGCAGACCCCAGUUUGGAAGACCACAACGGGUCUUCCGCUCUGGUUUACGCUGUAAAUGCUGGAGACAAAGAUGCGCUACGGGUACUACUGGAUGCUUGUAAAGCCAAGGGCAAAGAAGUGAUCAUUAUUACAACGGAUAAACUACCCUCGGGAAGACAAAUGACCAAACAGUACUUAAAUGUACCACCUCCUCCAAAUCUCGAAGAGCGGUUGCACUGUGCCCCUGCAUCAUGUAUGUUCUCCUCUGAAAUCAAAAUCUGCACACCUCGUAUUUCACCGCACUACAACAACCAGCCUGAAAGCCCUCCUUUAACUUUAAGGGAGAACUUAAGUCUGGGCUCCACUUCAACACUUUGCACAUCCAAGCCUGGGUCACCAAUUCAAGAUUUGAGUCCUCCGCAAGCCGACAGUGUGACUAAGUUGUUGCAUUUGCAAAGGUUGCACUCAGAGCCCUGGCUGAAGAUCCCUCCAUCAGUGCUCUUACAGCAAAGCAAGUCCUCAUCCUUGACAGAGGAGCUCCUAGAUAUCACCCCUGAAGAGGAGCUCUCUUUCGGGUACAGCAGUUCUCCGCCUCCAAUGAGACCUACUGUAGCUCGGCAUCAAAGCAUCGAUGUCAAAGACUCUACUAGUCUGCUUAGAGCUUUGGAGAGUGAAGGCAAACAAACAAAAGGCCAAAAAUGGCUGAAUAGAAAGAUGUCUUAUGACGGGGAGUUACUAACACUCUCCUCACAUCAAAAUCUCAAACAAAUAUCAAUUUCAGGCACUUUCCCUGUGGACCGGGACUCAGACUGCCUGCCCAAUUUGGCUGUCUCCAGUCUGCGAAACGUGUUUCGUCGUCGCAACAUUGGAAUGGACCACUACAGCUCUGACUCUCAGUUGCCACAAUUCGGGAGACAACCCUCUGAAGAUCUAGGGAGGUCCGGAGGAGGGACCGGGGGAACCGAGAAACGCAAGCUCGUCAUCAGCCGUUCUUCUACUCUAUCUGGGUCCAGAGAGUCUUUGGAGAGUCUGGUUCAGAGGAGAAACCCUGCGAUGCUGGAGCGGAGAGGUUCUGGAGCGUUACUCCUGGACCAUAUCUCACAAACCCGGCCUGGUUAUCUGCCACCUCUCAAUCCACAUGCACCCAUACCAGAUAUCAAAGCUAAUAGCAGCCCUGCCUCCAACAGUGGAAGCAAACCUGUGGCAGGAACUGCACCCAUUGUUCCAGGAUCUAGACAUUUUGUGCCCUGUGCCCCAAGCCAUCCAAGAGAUCACAAGAACAAGAAGACUCUGCUAAGACGACACUCCAUGCAAACCGAACAGAUUAAGCAGCUGGUUAACUUUGAAGAGAUCUUCGGUCAGUAAACAUUACAUUGUAAGGUUAAAAUAAAA